UCUGCGCGUAAACCACGUCGGGUGAAUCGGGGGGCUGCGGGCAAGCGCGGGCGGGUGUGGAUGCGAAAGUGCGUGUGGGUGCAGAGUCGGCCGUUGGUGCGAGAGGUUUCGAGUGAAUUUUCUGGUGCGUCUAUAGUGUGAUUUACAACACCAUGGUGUGACUCAACGUGAGCACAGCUUGAGGAGACGCAGCAGAGGGUUGCGGCUGGUGCAACCAGAUCUCUUGGACAUGGCGUGGGGUACCGAGCUCUGGGACCAGUUCGAGAACAUCUCGUCGCACACGCAGAAGAGCCUAGAGUUUCUGGAGAAGUACGGCCGUCUGGUGCGCGACCGCUCCGACGUCGAGAACCGCUACGCCGCCGACCUGAGAAGCCUUGUAAAGAAGUACCAACCAAAGAAGAAGGAUGACGAUGACAUGCAGUUCAGCGCGCACACGGCCUACCGGCAAAUGUUGUCGGAGGUGGGCGACCUGGCCGGCCAGCACGAGGUGGUGGCCGAGCAGCUGGCGGCCAGCGUCACCGCCGACAUCACGGCCGUCUCCAAGGAGCUCAAGGACGAGCGGAAGCGGCUGCUCCACGAGGCGUCCCGUCUGCAGGCGCAGCUCCACAACCAGCGGCUGCAGCUGGAUAAGGCCAAGCGGAACUACGAGAAGUCGGCCCGCGAGGCCGAAAAGGCGCUCGAAAACUUCCAUAAGGCCGACGCCGACUUCAACUUGAGCCGGGCCGAGGUGGAGAAGCAGAAGAUGAACUCCAGUCUGCGGGAGCAGCAGUGCGAAGACAAUAAGAACGAAUACGCCAACCAGUUGCAGAAGACCAACGACCUGCAGGAGCAGCACUACGGCCGCCUCAUGCCGGCCAUCUACGACGACCUGCAGCGGCUGGACGAGCGGCGCGCGCGCUGCCUGCAGGCGCACCUCCGGCGCGCCGUCGAGAUCGAGCGGCACGUCUUCCCCAUCAUCCACACGUGUCUGGACGGCAUCGUGCGGGCCGCGGAUACCAUCGACCCCGAGAAGGACUCGCAGCUGGUCGUCGAGCGGUACAAGUCGGGCUUCGAGCCCCCCGACUCGAUCCCGUUCGAGGACCUGUCGUCGGUGCGCAACGGCGACGUGUCCACCUCGGGCCAUCAGAUCUCGUCGCCCGCCAUCACCGACUCGCCGCGCGGCCUCACCAUCAAGGGCACGCUGUCCGCCGCCAAGUUCAAGAAGCGCGGCGGCCUCUUCGGCAUCUUCAGCGGCAGCAAGAACUCCUCGCCGAACGUGUCGUUCGAGUCGUUUGUGAAGGAGGACCUGGACAGCCUGCCGCCCAACCAGCGGCGCAAGCGGAUCCGGCAGAAGAUCGCCGAUGUCACGUCCAAAAUCAACCAGGAGACGGCCACUCGGGACGGUCUGAUGAAGAUGAAGGGCGUGUACGAGGGUAACCCGGCGCUCGGCGACCCGAUGACGAUCGAAUCUCAGCUGCGGGAGAACACCCAGCGGCUGGAGAAGCUCAGAUGCGAGCUGCAGAAGUACCAGGGCCUGCUGGACACGAACGGGCAGCGAUCGAGCCUGAGCGAGCCGGAGAGCAACCUGAGCCGGUCGGCCAGCGACUCCUCGAUGAACCAGCCGGCCGGCGCGGCGCCGCCGGCCGCCGCGCCGCGGGGCUCCUCCUCCAGCGCCGCCGCCGGCCGCCAGACGGUGCACGCCGCCACUCUGCCUAGUCACAUCUCGUCCAACAGUCCGGAGUCGGGUCUGGGCACGUCGCACACAUCGCUGCCGGGCUCGGACUCGGAAGGCGAGGAACGCAACCAGACGGACGGCCGCGACCCCAUGGACGUCGACGCGGACGCCGAGCCCGGCUUCGACGAGCCGCUGCCCGUGCUGGCCCCCGCCACCGCCCUCUACCCGUUCGAGGCAUCGAGCGAGGGUUCGAUCCCCAUGGAGGAGGGCGAGCAGCUGCUGGUGAUCGAGCUGGACCAGGGCGACGGCUGGACGCGGGUGCGGCGCCAGCACAGCCUCGAGGAAGGCUUCGUGCCCACCGCUUACCUGCAGAUCCACGCCGAGCGCUGAGGCGACGCCGCCAGCGCUCCCGCCGGCUGCGGCGGCCCGCCACGCGCUACUGGGCUCCCAACGAAGCAACGCUCUAUUUUGGACCGCGAGAUUAUUGUCAGUGUCGGCGCGGGAAGGUUUUCGGCGCGGAUGGCGAUUAUUUUCGACGCUUGAGGACUGGAGCGUUUUGGUUCCGGCGUUCUGGCGUGUCUUGGCUGGCGGUAAGUUGCCAGCUUCUCGCUGGCCCCGUGGGCGCCAGUGGCUCCGUCGGUGGCGCGCGGCCGCGCCGCGCUACAUUCGAGCCAGAGUGACGACUCCCCUCUCCCCGCCCCCAUCGCGCUGCGGUCGUUCAUUUAGUCGUCGGCAUACGUCGCGUAAUCAUCGAGGUCGGUGGACGCCGACUUCUUAGCCCCGUGCCAGUGAACGAGGGAUUGUAGUUCCAUUCUCCCGCCGUGUUGUAUGUGUUUAGUUUUUUGUGGAUUCUUAACUUUACUUGCCGACUCUGGUGGUCGCCGUUUAUGUUGAACUCCUCGCCCUGAGGAGAUUAUGUACGUUUGCGUUUUGGUAGGAGCGGCGAUUUGUGUACGGAGGACUGGCACUGGGCUGGCCGGCGGUGGUUCCAUGUUCAGAAGGCUGUGUUCUUUUUCACGACGCAGCCGGCGGUACCUGGGACCGUCUGGUGGUGUGUCAUAUCCCGGUGGGGAGGGGCGGAGGCGUCGCGGGCCGCUGUCAGAUGGCGGAGAGGCGAGCAGCCCCAAGUGCAGCGGUAUCGGCGGCCUCCGCGCCCCCGGCUGGACGCGGGGGUCGUCUGUCAGAGUCCGGCUCUGCGGCGACGAAGUACAGGAAUGUUGUUCUCGUGAGCCUCUCGCCGCUGGGCGGGUUUCGCCUCCUGAUUUACGGACUAUGUGACACUGCGACCAUCCUAGAGCCCCCUUUCUUUUCUUUCUAUGCCUAGCCUAUCCUAAGUCUCGUCCUCGCUGUUCUGAAGCGGAGCUUCUCGGUAGAUAUUAAGUGCAAACCAAGUAUUGCCAAACCGCGCUCGGUGAGUCAUGCCAUGAUAGAGUGAGUGUUAGACGAUGACUAGAAUGAAUGUGUCCUCCAGUUUUACUCUGGCCUUUUGUGGCAGGUCAAGCAAAUCUCAGCUGUUUUCCGCGCUGUGUGUCACUGUGGUUCCAGAGCGAGAAAAAGGCAUUUGUCGCGUCUAGCUCAAUUUGAGCUCCUUGAGUAAGUAAUCAAUCCAGGAAAAAAUGACAACUGCUGAUAUCUUAUGCAAAUAUUUUAGUACACCGUGGUAGGGUGGCAUGAUGAUGCCAUGUUCAGGACAAGAUGCGUCAUAAUUUCGGCUGCAUCGUCGGAGCUGACUCUCCAGUCAGCCAAUGCAGCAUGCGUGUUCUUCGGCGGUGGAGAUCUGUGCGCUGUGUCUGCCGCCUGGCACUGCAGCCACCGGACCCCUGCGCCGCCCGACGCUGUGUCGGCGUCGCAGAGCGUGGCGCCGCGCCGGCGGACCGGACGGCAGUGCCGGGACUGGGACCCCUCUCAAAGGGGACGUCCGGCCGCGGGCAGACGGCCAGCUGCUGCGGCUGGCUUCCGUGAGAGCUUCUCUGUGACCGCCCUGCCCCGAGGACGGCGCGGGGAGCGCCUCUGCCGCGCCCGCUGCCGGUCCGGCGCCGCUGCCGCCAGCUUCGUCUCGCCGCCGCCCUGUGGCGUCAUC